AUGCAGAAUUUGAGCAUUCCAAUCAAAGGAUGCAAAAAUAUCGAAGACAUGAAGGAGAGGAUUCUCGCUCAUCUAAGCUCUCGAAAAGAUAACCGCUUGGCCUGCAAUGAGGUAAGACUGCCAGGGAAAUAAUUCAGUAUUACUAAAUGAACGUGUAUUUAGGGUUUCUUUGUUAUGAUUUAGACAUUUCCGGCAACAUGUUAUAGCUAAAGCGUCGUUGUAAGCUUAUUUUAGUCGAUAGAAAAUGUCUCGGUAGGCUAACAGUCAUAUCUAUCAUCUUUCCACUUUAUAUUUGCUCCUUAUCUCAUUAUUGCAUUAUUGCAUUAUUGCAUUGCACAGCCUGGCUGGUUCCAUGUCAUGGGCUGGGGAUACAUUGCUAUUUUAACAAACUUUUACUUGGCGGCAAGUAUCCUUCGACUCGAAAGCGAGUCGAUGAAUGUUCACACUAAACUUAUUAUCGUCACAUCACUGUAGCUGAACGUGCCAUCGUAAAGCGAAUGGCUCAGAAUCUAUAAGUCUCUCAUAAAUCAUCUAUGGUUACUUUAUAGGACUUCUUGUAGUAACAGAUUUUUACUUUUCUUACGCAAUUAAAGCUAAUGCAAAGAUUUCAUAGAAACAGAAACUUGAUCCUUAAAUUCAGUUCUAUAAUUUCAUGUCUGUUCGGUUACCAAUCAGUGCAUCAAUCGACUCAACAUAAUACAGCAGAACGGCUACGGAUCGCCCGCUCGCAAGUUUGUACAAUAUGUGUUAAUUCUGAGCUUUAUCGAGUUAUUGUCUCAAACUAGCUUCGAACUUUCUACUCAGAAACACCCAAAGACCAUUUUUCUCUUUAUUGUUUUUAUUUCGUGUCAUGACUCAAUGGUUCGGCCGCUUGCCAUUGUCUUGCUGCCAAAGUAGUCGGGCUUCUGCCUCUAAGAACUUGCUUGACGCUUUUAAACUCACUGUCACAAGUAACCGAGCGUUUGUGACCUUCCUCUGUUAGUUAUCAGUCGAAAGCAGUUACAAUUACACGAAAGCUAUCCAGCUCGCCUUGCGAAAAAUAUGAUUAACUGUGCUAAUAUCACGAGAGUAUCAUGUGGCAAAGGAUCUCAUAGUAAUUUGGCUGACAAUUCACCGUUAGGCUCAGCUUUAUAUUUUGUUCCGAUCAGUGAAUUCAUUACAGCAGGCAGACAGCCAGGCCUCAAACACAAAAUGCAGUAUUUACCUCAGUCCUUUCAAACUCAAAAUUCAUUUGUAAUUCAUCUGACUCACGGUGUCUACCAUUUGUUUCUUGCAAGGUUAGUUGAGAAUUAAGCUAACAAUAAGCCCUAUUUGACAUUUUUCUCACUUUCUUUCCCCUUUCUACUUGAAAACGGCUUUACCGAUAUAUCCAGAAAAAAGAAAAUAGGUGGCUUUGAUGAAAUGUAAUGACAUUCGGCGGAACUAAGCUGUAAGUGGCAGUGACAGGAAAUGAAAAUAAGCUUAAAUAAUUUCCCCCUGGUACGAACAAACUCUUUCGUUGUAGUGAAUGUAAGGUCUGACAAUAGUAAUUUGUGCAUCUCAGCUCUCGAACUGUCAAUCUCAUUCAAAAAAGGUGAGUUCUUGUAAAUGAAUGUUCAAGCAUCUCGUUAACGUUUUUAUACUCUAAAUUAUGCGUGCAUAGUUAGUGUAUGUGGUGAACUGUACUCAAUCUUUAACCGAAGGUCGGCGCAGCUGCAUUUGGUCGGAGAAUACGUUCCUAUUUUCCCUGUGGCGUUUUUGGGUUUUUCGUAGCAGGCGGGUGCUCGUCUGCCUUCUUCAAUUGUUGUAAACUAUGCUUGGAUCGCCCUUGAUGUACACAGCUACUUACUUGAGCUUAUUUUGUGCACUACACGGACAACAGUAUACACUCCGUUCGACCUGCACACCAAUAUAUUUGUCGUUUUUCAGUUGUGAAUAGGAAUAAGGAACGUAACUAAUACCCUGCCAACUUAAACUCGGCGCUGCAAUAACAAGCCAAAAACCACCUUCCUUCAAUUGGGUGUAAAUUGCCCAGCGAUAAUAUUAGCUUUUUUCUCUUCUAGCCUAAAUGUAACAAUUAGUCUAAAUGUACUCAUUUGCUUAUUUAACCCAUUUAAUAUUUACACAUGUUUCAGGCCUUUAAGGUGAUUUCAGAGGCACAAUCAAUGGACAAGAAAAAAUCAUUAGCCCUUCUUGAUUAUUACGCUAAGGUGGAAAGGGAAAUACAGGGUCUUGACGCUACCUUCCUUGAUUUGCUGAAAACAAGCGAGGGCGACUUCCUUUCUAAGAUCAAAACAAGAAUAAAGAGAAUGCAAGACAGAGAUUAUGUUCUUCUCAUCGCAGGUGAAUAUCUUGAAUAUAAUACCUUACCCAAACCACUGAGGUGCUUUGAUAAGUCAUGAUCAUGCUAAGCACAAAGAAAGCCGGUCUAGCAGUGACAAAGAGGAGUAUCAAAAAUCUACUUGGCUAGGAAGUUUCCCAAUAAAUUCAUGAAUAACCGUCAACUGGGGUCUAUCGAAUUCUUAAGCCGGAGAGUUUACUUUAUUUGGCGACUUGUGAGGCUUUGACCUUUGAAACCGGAAAGGUUACGUCACUGCUCGUUCUUCCUGUUGCGGGAGCUAAAUCUAUUGCUGACAACAUCAAAGAAGCAAAAAAGAAGAGUGCAUACAAUAAAAAUCUCGCAGAGUACGUACGAAUCAUGUCACAAAAGAUUCUAGCGAAAGCUGCAGCCUUCGAGGCGCUAAAACCAUUGGUCGAAGCGCAAUUAGAGCUAGCAGUAAACACCCUGAAUGACCUGCAAGCGAGAAUCCCUAUGCUUGUUGAAUCCGAUGUAAGACUUUGUCAGCAACUGAUAGAGGAGGCGCAAAGCAAGAGGGAUUCUGAAGCUCGCUACAAGCCCUGUAGAGACAAAUGCGAGCGUUUGCGCGUUGAGCUCACGUUGUUUGGUUCUAUGGAAAUCCGGUUCAUGAGGCUCUCCUGGGAUGACCUUUCUUGGGAUGUCAGCGAGGAUGUUUACUUGAAGCGACCAAUAGAACCUGGGCUCUACCAUGGACACAUUUCAAAGGGAAGGUGCUCAUUAAGUGGCCAAGUAACUUUUAAAGUGUACAGAGAACUGCUGACCAGCAGCAAUAUUAUUGAGUGCUUGGCAGAAGAAGGAAUCUUGAGGUAC